AUGCUGCCCAGCUCCAUCCAGAUUUCGGGGGAGCCUCUGUCAGGCGCCGAGGUGCGGGACAUCUGCCGCGGCCUGCGCGACAACGCCGUGCGCCUGCUCUCACUGCGCGGCUGCCGUCUCUGCGACCGCGACUUCGGCCGAAUCUGCCGGGCCCUGGCCGGGGCCACGUCCCUGGCGCAGCUCAACCUUAACCUGGGCGUCGUGUCCAGUCCCAACCGCAUCAAGCAGCUGGCGGAGGCGCUGCGGACCAACCGCUCCAUCCAGUCCCUCUUUCUGCAUGGGAGCCCUCUGACGGACGCGGGGCUGGCCUUGUUGAAUCCAGCCCUGGCCCUCCACCCUGCCCUUGUGGCACUGGACCUGGGGGACUGCAUGCUGGGUGAUGAAGCCAUCAACCUCAUCUGUGGCCUCCUCCCGCCUGACGGGGCCAAGUCUGGCCUGAAGGAGCUGACACUGAGCGCUAAUCCCGGCAUCACCCCUAAGGGCUGGAGCCGCCUCGCCAUUGCCGUGGCCCACAGCUCCCAGGUCCGCGUCCUCAAUCUGGACUACAACCCCCUGGGUGACCACGUGGCAGGGAUGCUGGCUGUAGCUGUGGCCUCCAGCCGCACCUUAGAGGUCCUAGACUUGGAGGGCACAGGCCUCACCAACCAGUCAGCUCAGACCCUGCUGGACAUGGUAGAAAAUUACCCUACAGCUCUGCGGAGUCUUGUGUUGGCCGAGAACAGCAUUAGCCCGGAGCUGCAGCAGCAGAUCUGUGACCUCCUCUCUGAGGGGGAGGAGGAGGAGGAGGUGGCAGGAGGGCCUGGCGACACCCAGGAACGACAGCGAGCACGGGAGCCUGCUGCCCAUCAGAGGGGCAGCAGCUCCUGGACGGGCCCCAGUGAUCCCAGCUCUCAGAUGGUGCUAAUGACAUCAGGACUAGGGGACAGUCUGUUGGCUGAGACUGAGAUGUGA